CAUGACGACUUCGCCUACUCUAUGGCAUUUUUCAUGCAGAUAACGACUAUAAUUUGUCUGUAUUUUGUCUAUAUAUCUAAUAGUAGUAAAGUACAGACAGGAUUCAGAUAAAUCCUGCAACAAACUUAUCCAAAAAAUGCAGACAAAUUGGCGUGUGUUAUGGGUACCUAGCAGUCUGCGCAAACUCUGGUAUAAACCUGUUCGACUUUCAGCUGGAGGCCCAAGAUUCUACUCUCGUGCCUUUACCCCGCCAACAACUCCGCGAUUUAUCAACAUGGCCAAUAUUCCCAGCUUUACGUUGAAUGAUGGAAAGGAGAUUCCUGUCCUUGGAUAUGGUCUAGGCACCGCUAAUUACAAGCGGGAUCCAAACUCGCCUGUUGACAAGGAGCUGGUGAAGACGGUUGUCUUGGCUAUCAAGACUGGAUACUACCACUUGGAUGGUGCUCAAGUCUACGGAAAUGAGACCGAGCUAGGCCUCGCCAUCAAGGAAUCAGGCGUUCCACGAGAGAAACUCUACGUAACCACCAAAAUCGACGGCGUCAAACCUCAAAACACCCAAGAAGCCUUCGAGACCUCCCUCAAGAAGCUCGGUCUUGACUACGUCGACCAAUACCUCAUCCACGCCCCCUUCUUCGCCAAAUCCCCAGCCGACAUCCAAGCCAAAUGGGCCGACCUAGAAGCCAUCCACGCCUCCGGCAAAGCAAAGUCCAUCGGCGUCUCCAACUUCCGCAAAUCUGAUCUGGAAGCCAUUCUCGAGACCGCAAAGAUCAUCCCAGUCAUCAACCAGAUCGAGUUCAACCCGUACCUGCAGCACGUCGAGCUGUUGGAGUUCCAGAAGAAGCAUGGUAUCAAGGCCAGUGCGUAUGCGCCUUUGACGGCUAUCACGAAAGCAGCGCCUGGCCCCGUUGAUGGUGUGUAUGAGAGGUUGGCGAAGAAGUAUGGGGUUACGACUGGGGAGAUUGCGUUGAGGUGGGUGGUUGAUCAGGGGAUUGUGGCGGUGACGACGAGCUCGAAUGAGGGGAGAUUGAGGCAGUAUUUGAAGAGUACGGAGUUUGAGUUGACGAAGGAAGAGGUGGAGGAGAUUACUAAGGAGGGGAAGAAGAAGAAUUUUAGAGGGUUCUGGACGUGGACCUAUAAGGAUGAUGAUUGGCAAUGA